AUGUCAUCACCUCGACCAUCCUCACAGACACAGAGCACCACCCCAACGCACCGCCAUCCCAAUCUCUCCGCCCCCUCAAUGUUGGAGCGCACACUCUCCUCCCGCCGCGUCAACUCCUACGCUGAGGGCGACGCCGAAGCUGGCGGAGGCGCCGAUGAAUCCAAGACCAAGAAGCACCAACACAUUCUCUUCCGCCUCACUACCCGAGCCUCCAAUUAUCUCUCCCGAAUCGCCGGUUCCGGUUCCGGUUCCUUCUACCUCCCUUGCAUCACCGUUUCCCUCUUUAUCUUCUUCUCCCUCUCAUUCCUCUUCACCUCUCGCGGCUUCGUCUGCAUCUCCUCCUCCUACAACCCCGUCUCCCGCGCCGCCUUCUUCGGCUUCGACGGCCUCGACUCCGAUUUCGGAGCCCUCGGCGUGCCUUGCUGCAGAUCGAAACAUGGUAAAACUGUGGAAUGGACAUCAAAAGAUUUGCUCAAGGGACUAGAAGAGUUUGUUCCUAUAUAUGAAACCCGGCCAAUCAAGAACAACAUGUAUGGGAUGGGUUUUGACCACAGCUUUGGGCUUUGGUUUAUUGCCCACUGGCUGAAGCCAGAUCUGAUGAUCGAGAGUGGUGCUUUCAAGGGACAUUCAACUUGGGUUUUGCGGCAGGCUAUGCCAGACACACCGAUUAUUUCUCUUUCACCUAGGCAUCCUGAAAAGUACCUGAAAAAGGGACCGGCCUAUGUUGAUGGGAAUUGCACAUAUUAUGCUGGGAAGGACUUUGUGGACUUUGGGAGUGUUGACUGGCCCAAUGUGAUGAAAAAACAUGGGAUUUUGGACCUUAGUCGGGUUCUUAUAUUUUUUGAUGACCAUCAGAAUGAAUUGAAAAGAAUUGAACAAGCUUUGAAAGCUGGGUUCCAGCAUCUUGUGUUUGAGGAUAACUAUGACACUGGUACUGGUGAUCAUUAUUCAUUAAGGCAGAUAUGUGAUCAGUCUUAUAUUAGAGGUGGGGGCCACAGUUGUUUUAAAGACAGUGAUGAAGCUAGGAUCAGGUCAAGGAGGAAGAAAUUCUGGGAGAAAGCAGUUGAUAUUGAAGAACUGUGUGGGCCAGGUGAAGCAUGGUGGGGAGUUAGAGGCUAUAUGCGGGAUAACUUCAAUCAUAGUAAUAAGCCAAUAUCUUAUGCGCAACAUUUCCAGAAUAGCCGAUAUGUUGAAUCUAUUCUUGAUGUUUACUGGGAACUCCCUCCAGCUGCUGGUCCUUCCCUCACCCAUCAAACCAGAUACGAUCCUGCUCGUGCACCCCCUCCUAUUGUUGAAGAUGGCCGGUUUGGCUUGUUCCAAAGGCUAGGUUUGGCCAACCUUGACAAAUCUGUAUUUAAUGGAUACACUCAGAUGGUUUAUAUACAGAUAUCUGAACAAUAA